AUGUCGCGUUUUCCUCUCCCCAGCAAAGCACUUGGCCAGAGAAACGACGUGGAUGGCACAGUCAGCAGUGCUCAGCCUCAACACGUGGGGAGGCAAGACAGAAAUCCUGCUCGGCACUGGGAUUCUGAGGACGUAAAAUUCCCACCAUCCGCUCCAGUCAUUAACCGAUACAACAGGAGAGUAUCAGUUUGUGCUUCAGCUUUCAAUCCAGAUGAAGAGGAAGAAGAUACAGAACCAAGGGUAGUUCAUCCAAAAACUGAUGAACAGAGAUGCAGACUGCAGGAAGCCUGUAAAGAUAUCCUGCUCUUCAAAAACCUAGAUCAGGAGCAGCUGUCUCAGGUCCUUGAUGCCAUGUUUGAAAGGAAAGUGCAACCUCAGGAACAUGUGAUUGACCAAGGGGAUGAUGGAGACAACUUCUAUGUCAUUGAGCGGGGACUGUAUGACAUCUUUGUAGCAAGAGACAACCAGACACGCUGUGUGGGUUGCUAUGAUAAUCAUGGCAGUUUUGGCGAACUGGCACUGAUGUACAACACUCCUAGAGCUGCCACCAUUGUUGCCACAACAGAAGGAGCCCUUUGGGGACUGGAUCGAGUGACGUUCAGAAGAAUUAUAUUGAAAAACAAUGCAAAGAAGAGGAAGACAUACGAGUUAUUUAUUGAGUCUGUGCCCCUUCUUAAAUCCUUGGAGCCUUCAGAGCGAAUGAAAAUAGUGGAUGUAAUAGGGGAGAAAGUGUAUCAAGAUGGGGAACGAAUCAUUUCUCAGGGUGAUAAAGCAGAUUGCUUUUACAUUGUAGAAUCUGGUGAAGUAAAAAUCCUGAUUAAAAGCAAGACUAUGACAAGUAAGGAUGCUAACCAAGAAGUGGAGAUUGCCCAGUGUCACAGAGGACAGUAUUUUGGAGAGCUCGCACUUGUUACCAACAAACCCAGAGCAGCCUCUGCCUAUGCUGUUGGGGAAGUUAAGUGUUUAGUCAUGGAUGUGCAGGCAUUCGAGAGGUUGCUUGGACCCUGCAUGGACAUUAUGAAGAGGAAUAUAACACAUUAUGAAGAGCAGCUGGUGGCACUGUUUGGCUCUAGCAUGGACCUGUUGGAUCCAGGGAAUUAGGCACAGGGUACCUCAAUGCCUUCUCAGUUCAAGACGCAGAAAAGCCUCCGAUCAGCAACACAACUCACAAGGAAAUGGACACUAUGGAACAGUUUUGGCUGUUGUCUUUUUGGGCAUUUUAGAAACCAUAAAAAGUGUCAGCACAGAUGGAUUGCUCACUCCAUGCCUCCACUUUGCUGCUGAUACUUCAUUACUAGACCUAGAUUAAAGAUGAUUCUAACCCUAUGUUCA